AUGCGUUGCUCCAAAUUGAUGGUUAUAUUCACUCUUGUUGCUAUGGCGGCCAUUUCUUGUGAUCUUUUCUCAGUUGAAAUGGGGAUUAAUGUGCAAGCUGCGGCUCCCACUUGUGGACAAGAUUGUACCGAGAAAUUCUCCAAUCAAGAUUGCUAUAAACAUUGUGUAGGAUUGUCUUAUAAAAACGGUGUUUGCAUUCUAUCCGAAGGACUUCCUCCUAAAACUUCUACAUAUCGUUGUUGUUGUUCAUAA